CCCACGCCGAUUUCAAAACCAAGCAUUUCGCAGGACGCUCAUGUCCUCAUUGUAAUUCGUACCAGGCGUUCAAUAGACGGAUCUCUUGUUUUCCUUUCCUUUGCACUGUGCGAUUCUCAAACAUCCAGCGAUACCUGGCCUGAUCCUGCUGUACUCGUUGCGCAAGCGUAGCAGCUUCCGAUCAACCGUUUGCCUCCCGACCUUUCCUACCGAGCGCGACCACACGUUGCUGGGUAGUGCUGCACCUUUCCACCCGCCACCGACCACAUCAAAACCAUGGCGCCUCAAGACACAUUCAUCGACGAUGAGGACGACUGCUGCCCCCUUUGCAUCGAGGAGUUCGAUCUGUCCGACCGGAACUUCCGACCAUGUCCGUGUGGAUAUCAGAUUUGCCAGUUCUGUUUCAACAAUAUCCGGACAAAUAUGAACGGGUUAUGCCCGGCAUGUCGCCGACCAUACGAUGACAAAACCAUUCAAUGGAAAGUCGUCACGCAGGAGGAAAUCGCCGAAUUCCGAGCGAACAUACAGAAGAACCAAAAAAAGCGAGCCGCUGAACAGCGUCAGAAAGAAGCACAGAAACGCGAGGCCGAGAAAGAGAAUCGCAAGAACUUGGUUGGCGUUCGAGUUGUCCAAAAGAACUUGGUUUACGUGACCGGGUUGACGCCGACGGUCCGCGAGGAUGAGUUGCUCAAGACCCUUCGCAAGCCCGAAUUCUUCGGUCAAUAUGGAAACAUACUCAAAAUCUCGAUCAGCAGUCGCAAGGGCAACGACGGCCAGAACCAGUCUUUAGGCGUCUAUGUGACCUUCGAGAAAAAGGAGGACGCAGCGCGGUGCAUCCAGGCAGUUAACGGCUCUCAAAAUGGCGACAGAGUGUUGAGGGCCCAACUCGGGACGACGAAAUAUUGCUCGGCCUGGCUUCGACACGAACAGUGCACGAAUCGGCAGUGCAUGUUCUUGCAUGAGUUGGGCGACGAGGAGGAUAGCUACAGCCGGCAGGAUUUGUCCUCGAUCAACAGCAUCAACUCACAGCGGCCUAUCCAGAACACCGGCGCCUCACGUUCUGCUUCGCGGCAACAAGCUCACCCGUCACCAUCCCCCGCUGUCGCGCAGCCGAUGGCGAGAAGCUCUAGUAAAGACGGAUCCGACAACGGCGAUGGCCCCGCGCUUCCGCCUUCAGCAAACUGGGCGCGCAAUCCGCAAGUUCGUAGUCGCCGCGGCAGCCAUGCCACAAGUGGUGCGGCGCCCAGCCCAGCCAUCUCGAGCUCGUUACCAGCGACUGCCGAAUCCGCCGUGGAAGAUGCCCCAGCAGAGCCCUCGACGACUGCAGCCGGGGCACGGACUGCCUUAGCCGCGGGUCAGUCGAAGUCCGCCAGUACGCCAGUCGAGAGAGCCAAGCGUAUCCCGCAAGACGCUCUCAAGGCCCUGCUCAAGUCACUGGAAGGCUGCUCACUCACGUGGCCGAAGGUUGGGGGUGAUCUGUUGCCCGAUGAGUUCAAUAGGCUCUAUCCGCCGCUUUUCGACGCCCGGGGUGGGAUGCGCCGGCGCGCUCUCCGUGCAUCCGAAGACAACAGCAGCGUGGGUGAUCAGCAAUCGGGUGGCGUUAGGGAACCCUCUGAAGGCGAACCUGAGAGCAGCGGCAGCCUUGCGCUAGGCGGCGAGCCCGAGGACCGGGAUCAUAGCCGCGACGCGCCUGGCUUUGACCCGCGCCGGGUCGCGCAGCCGCCCAUUCAAAGGGCCAGUACGGAUGGACUCUUCAGCCAGGCUGUCGGCUCCGGCUUUGCCCAGACGGCCGCCAAUCUGGGAUCCAUCGGCAGCCGCACCGUGACGCCUCAGCAGCCGGCGUUCAUGCGACAACCGGGCACGUUCGUCGACCACCUGUCCGCGCAGGCGAACCUGUUUCAGGGCCAGGGGCACAACCGCCAGGGCUCCCGCUUCAGUUUCGCCAACGAUAACAGAGAUGCCACAUCUGCUACGUCUGUGAAGCUAGCAGCGAAUCCCCGCAUCAUGGCGCAGCAGUCGUCGAUGAUGCCAGCAAUACAUCACAACCAAUCAGGCGGCCAGUACUACGCCGCUUCCAUGCCCGGCCCGCCGCCGGGACUCAAGUCGACGGGUACACCGCCGGGCGUGUUUGGACAGCACGGUUUCCCCUCGGCAGCGUUCGGUGGCGCUUCCAAGGAAAGCGAGAUGCUGCAGCUCUUCCGCGGUCGGGGUGCUGGCUCCCAGGCUCAUGAUGCCGGAAAGCGUGAGUACAUGUUCUCUUCCUUCCCAAACCAGUACCCACCCUCCACCUCCUCCACCCCAGCUCCUGCCUCGAGCCACCUGGCAAUGCUCUACGGUUCUCAGCCUGGAGCCUUCCAAGACUUGGGUUCAAAGCAGAAGAAGAAGGGGAAGAAGCACAGACACGCUAACACUUCCUCCUCUGGGGGGAGUGGCUUAGUAGAUCUUGCGGACCCGAGUAUCCUGCAGGCGAGAAUGCAGUCCCAGCAGCAUCUGCAGCAACAGAGCAAUGCCGGACUCGGACAGGGACUGUUCGGUGGUCAGUCGCAAGGUGGGUACAACAAUCCUGGCAUGAUGUACAAUCCGGGAUACAGGGCAUGGUGAGCCUGCUACCCAGCAUCUUGCCUGCCGCGACUGCGACUCUUUGCGCUUUUCGAUGAUAUUCUUUCUGUCAAUCUCUUGGGAGGGAGCAAGCAACACGUGGUUUCCUUGACUGUCACAUUAUAUAUCACAACGGCGUCAUUGGCAACGAGCGGCAUGAGUUUUCACGAGGGCAAUUAAGGGAGUUG